AGUACUGUCGGUAAAAACAUAAAAAGUCUACGUUACAAUGGAAAAAUGAGGCGGUAGUGGGUGUUCAAUUCAAUAUUGAGUCGAACGUGGUUUUUACGAGCGAGAGACGCAAGAGGUUAUGUUUACUUGUACACGUGCCAAUCGCCGAGUGUAUCGCAGAUAGGAAAAAAUGGCAGGGAAGAGUUUAGCGGAUAAAAUAAAUUCUUUGAUAACUGCAAGGCCAGAUUUUGGCUCGGAUGAGGAGCCAGAGGAGACGAAGGCGAAAGUAGUGGAACGUCACGAUGAGAGCGAUACCUCGGACGACGAAUUUCGGCAAUCCAAAAUCCGCAAGCAGAACAUUGAUACUUUGGAUCAGUUGGACAAUAGGUAUGCUGGCAAGAAGGUCUCGAGGAAAGAUGUAUACAGCGAAGACGACGCGAGUGAAACUAUGGAAAGUGAAGGCUCCGAAGAAGAUGAGGAAGACGAAGAAGUGGAAAGUGCACUGGAGCAAAGCGACGACGAAUUGGAUGACAUGGAUGGCAGCGAAGAAGCAGACUCGCAACAGUCAGAGAGAUCUGAUGGAUUCGAGGACGAUGAAGAUGCCGAAAAUGCGUCUGAUAUGCAAGACCAAGAUGAUAACAACAUGAACGACUCACUUCAUAAACGAGAAAGGUUUACUAUCAAGACAAUGUCCGAGACGAAUGCUAAGGCAGAGGUAGAAAAAGGUGUUUGCGUUAGAAACCAGCUGAAACUUUGGGAGAAUUUACUGGAGAUGCGGAUAAAGUUGCAGAAAUGCAUUAUAACCAGCAACGGGAUGCCACAAUGUGACACGCACAAAAAGCUCAGAUCAGACACCAACUUUGUGAAGAAGGUCGAUGAAACUAAAGGCAAAUUGGCACAGGUCCUGAAUAACAUGCUGCAACUAAAAGACCUCUUAUUGAAACAGUAUCCUGAGACAGAAAAUCUAUGCACUGGCUCCAAAAAGAGGAAAAGUGAAGAGAACGAUGAUGAGAACGGGGACGAUUCGAUGGAUGAGGAAAUACCCUCCGACACCGAAGAUGAAGAAUUAGGGAGUGAAAAAGAAUCGUCCACCAACGAAGACGCGGAAGAGGCUGAAGAAUCAGUACCGCGAAAGCGGCCGAGAUACAACGACUACGAGAAGAUAUUGAGAGAAGGUCACACUUCCUACACGCAGUACAGAGAUUCGGUUAUAAAAAAAUGGAACGACAAAACGCGCAUUGCAACAGGCAGCUUGAAUAAGAACUCGGGUCUCACCACGCUGAAGCAAGUCGAAUUUGCCAUGAGUAACAUGAGCAGGUUACGGAAGAAAACUCAACUGAAACGCUCCGAGUACAAUAUUGUUGGCAAAUCCACGCCGGCCGGCGACAAGGACGGUAAGGACGCGGUCGAAGAGUACGAUCCUGAAAUUUUCGACGAUGAUGACUUCUAUCAUCAGCUGUUGCGGGAUCUGAUAGAGUACAAAUCGUCAAACAUGACGGAUCCGGUACAGCUUAGCAGACAAUGGAUCCAAUUGCAGAACAUGCGUAGGAAAUUGAAGAAGAAAGUCGACACUCGCGCGACAAAGGGCAGAAAGGUGCGGUACAGCGUCCAUAAUAAGCUAGUCAAUUUUAUGGCACCCAUUACGGUGUACGAUACAUGGACAGAUAACGCGAAAAACGAGCUGUACAAUUCGCUGUUCGGUAAAAUAAAAUCAACAGAGGAGCAGAUGGUGUAAUGAUAAUGGACGGUAUAAACUUAUCUAUAUGGCACACGAGAGUUUAUCAUGUAUAUAUCGAUACACACUUCGCGAUGUUUCUCUAUUCCUCCUCAAUAAUCGGUAUAAUUGAUAUAAUCUAACAUUACUCCGGCAGAUACACAAAUGCAUUUUGUUAUGCAUUAUGAUUAUGGAGAUAAAUUUCAUAUAGCGACAGGAAAAUAUUUUUUACCUCUAUGUCUGUGUCUAUUUAAUAAACAUGAGAUAUAAUUGUACAUUAGCGAUGUAUAUACACGAUAUUUAAAGAUCUUUUUUUUAAUAAAAGUAUGUAGAUGAU